AUGUUUGGACGUGUUGGCGGCCACACGCUUCGGUGCGCUGCGCGCAGCCCCGUGGUACGACGGAAAUUCUGGGAGCGCAGCUUUUCAUCGCAUGUACCAUCCCCGACGAGUACAUCUGCUCCGUCAAGUGCGUCACCGCUAGGAAGCAUUACGACGGAGCUGGAUCGGAUAUCGCCGUGCUUCGAAAUUUCGGCAUCCCGGAUAGCGAUUCUGGACUCACCCGCGAAUUUUUACACAACCCUCAAGAACAAAAUCCGCAAGGCCCGAAAACGCAUCUACCUCUCUACUCUUUAUAUCGGCAAGACGGAACAUGAAUUGAUCGAAACCGUGAAUCAAGCUCUUCGCGACAACCCCGAACUGCGAGUCUCGAUUCUUACCGAUGCUUUGCGAGGGACCCGAGAGACACCGAACCCAUCGUGCGCCUCUCUUCUGGCAUCACUGGUCGCAGAACAUGGACAGGAGAGAGUGGAUAUUCGGAUGUUUCAUACGCCUAAUCUGACCGGGUUGCGGAAGAAAUGGAUUCCUCGGCGGAUAAAUGAGGGUUGGGGGUUACAGCAUAUGAAGCUCUAUGGGAUUGACGAUGAGAUUAUACUGUCGGGGGCAAACCUCUCAGAUAACUAUUUCACAGACCGCGUAGAUAGGUAUCAUGUCUACAGCUCCACGGAGCUAGCUGAUUACUAUGCGCGCAUCCACAACGCAGUCUGCAGCCUCAGUUUCAAAGUACUUCCCGAUCCUCAUAAUAAGGCCGGGUAUCUUCUGGAUUGGCCUACUGCCAAUGGCGCUUGUUCACCUCUUGAUGACCCAGAAAGCUUCAUUUCAUAUGCUUCUACGGUGUUGAAGCCAAUUAUUCAACCAUCAACCAAUAAACAUACACUCGGGCCGAAGUCCCCUAAUGGGACAUUCGUCUACCCAGUCGCUCAAUUUACACCUUUGCUCAAGCCGGACACAUCUACUGAAUUUCCCGCCGUCACAACAAUUCUCCGCCUCCUCUCCAUCUCACCAGCCUUCUCCGGCGCCCGCUGGCUUUUUACAGCAGGCUACUUCAACAUCCAUCCCACUCUCUCCUCCCUCCUAAUAGCCAGCACAUGCCCCCCAGAUUCUCAAACACCCUCAACAACCCGCGGCACUGUCCUUACCGCCUCCCCCUGGGCAAAUGGCUUCUACGGCUCACCAGGCAUCUCUGGCAUGCUCCCGGCAGCAUACACCCAUCUUUCAGCCCGAUUCCUCGACCGAGUCGCCGCGGCACAGGCAACAAACUCCAUCGAGCUCAAAGAGUGGCGCCGCGGCACAGUUGGAGAACCAGGUGGCUGGACGUAUCACGCCAAGGGUCUCUGGGUUACGCUUCCCAAAGAAGAGAACCCCAGUCUGACGUUCGUCGGCAGCAGCAACUACACCAAGCGCAGCUAUGGUCUAGAUUUAGAGGUUGGGGCGCUGGUUGUUACUGGGGAUGAGGAGCUGAAGAGGAGGUUGAAGGCUGAGACGAAGUGGUUGCAGGCGGACGCAAGUCCGAUCUCAAGAGAGGAUUUGAGGAGAACAGAGAGAAGGGUUAGGUGGAAUGUUAGACUUGCCAUGUGGAUUGUUGAGAAAGUUGGAGGAGCAUUAUAA